AUGAUUACGAAAGAAAGCUAAACUAAGAGUAUAAAUAUAAAGAUGAUAUUUUAUGAAAGGAUACUUUAGUUAUAUUAUUUUUCAAGUUGCAAGGAGUAUUAAUAAUAUAUUGUUAUCAUAUUGGGAGAAAUUCAAUACUUAACUUUUCUAUGGGUACCUAAUAUCAAGUCUCACUAAAUAGGAUUUUAUGACAAAUCUAUUAAUUUUUAAGCUUUUGCUAUUUAUUUUACAAGAAUAGAUUAGUUGACUUACUUUUAAUUUGGGAAGUCUUAAACAUUUUACUUGAUUGCAUUAAUGACACAAUUACUUUUAUUUGUGAUGCCAAUAGUUUUACUAAUUACUAUUAAACAUAAGCAAUAAGUUUUUCAAUAUACUUUGCUAAAACUAUUUUUUGCAUUGAGUUCAAUUUAUUGCCAGAUAUUUAUAAUCACAAUGUUUGUUCCUUUUUCAAUAUUUUGCGUGGAUUCUCUAUUAAUUAAUAUAGAUACGCCAAAUGCCGCAAAUUACACUAAUAUAUUUUUCAUUUGCUUGACUUUUGGACUUUUAUUUCUAUUCGGAAUUAUUUUAUCCAUAUUAUGCAAAGAAACAAUAGAUUUAAAAAAAGAUAGAUUUCAAAAAUUAAAUUAAACAUUUUUAGAUUAUGUUUAAUUAAUUCUUUUCACAUUAUAAAUUAUAGUAUAUGGUGUUAUCGCUGAAUCGUAUAAUGCUUAGAUUUUAUAAUGUAUCUUAAUAAUAACAAUUUCAUUAAUCAAGAUAUUAUAAAUUUUUUAGUUUUAGUACACAAACAAUACCAUAAUCAAUUUAAUUCUAAUUAUAUCAUCAUUUGGUUUAACAUAAUCAAUAUUAUAUCUUAUAUAUAAUAUAAACGAAAGUAAUUUCAGUUAAAAUGCUAACUCGAUUAUAUUAUUGUUAUUUUUAGUUGUAUCAAAGGUUUUAAUAGAAAUUUAUACAUACCAAGAAAAAGUACUCUGUAAUAACAUUAUGUCAAUUAAAUAGCAACUUCCUUUGAAAUAUUUCUUCACAAAAUUAAUUAAUGAACAUUUUAAUUAAACUCAAAAGAGAAUUCUCAAUGCUGUGAUUACUAAUGGUUUAGUUAAAUAAUAAGAGUAAGUUGAAGAAUUAGCUCAUUUUUCUAACUAUGAUACUAAUUUUUUAUCUCCAUAAAGCAUGGAAUAAUUUGUGACUAAGAAAAUGAAACAAUAUGCCAAGGUUAUUUAAAAGAAUAAAGGCUAUGACUUACAUUAUAUCGCUUUACUCUAUAAAUAUGGCUUAACAAAUCUAGCCUUAAAUUAAAUCAAUAACCUAUUGAAUUCUUUUUUAAACUAAUCAAAAAGUAAAGGCUUCUUGAUUGAUAGUGAAAAUUAUAGCAAAGGGUAAGAUAGUUCAAGUAGAUAAAUGCAUCAUCAAACCAUAUCUAGCAAAUCUAUAAAAUCUAAUUCUGAUGAUGUUAAUGAUAUUGCGAGGAAAAAUAAUUAAUAGAGGAGUAAGCAUUAGCUUUCUUAGAUUGAAACUUCACGUGCCCUAUUGUUAAAAAACUAAAUAAAAGCUGAAAUUUAAGUGAGGUUCUUUGAAAAUAAUAAGAUGAAAACCUAAAUUAAUGAUGUUUAACUUGGGGUUGAAUUGUUUUUAAAAAAUGAAAAGAGAAAUUAGAAUUUGAAAAACACUCUAUUGAUGUUGAUAAAUGAAAAAAUUAAAUUCCUUUCCUAGUUUACAAAUAAGAAAAUUCUAGAUUCGGAUAAGAUUUUCAAUUUAGCAAAAGAUAUCAGCAAUUUGUAAUUAAAAGUGGAGAACAAACUAUUUCAGAGAUACUAGUCAUUCCCAAGUAGAAAAAUUUAAUCAAUUUUAACAUUCUAUCAAGCAGAAAUCUUAAACAAUUUCAUUGAGGCCUUUAAAUAUAAAGCUCUAACAUCAAUGCCUGAUGAAUAAUUAAUUAACAUGGACUCUAACAUAAGGUCAACUUUUUUUACUAAAAAGGUUGUUUAUUUAAACAUAACCUUGGAGGACAACUAAACGUUGUCUAUUUAGCGUAGGUCGGAAAAUGCUUUACGGUUUUUCUAAAUACACUCUGACGAUACAAAAUAAUUCUCUAAUGUUGAAUAUAUUUUACCAAUUGGUAUAUAGAAUGAACAUAGUCUAUUAGUACAGAGAUUCAUAUAAACAAGUAAAUCCAAAUUCUAUCUUAAUUCUAAUUAAACAUUUUUUCGCUAUUAGAAUAUUUUGAUGAAAACAUGUCAAUUCAUUUUUGAUAUCCACUUUGAUAGUGUAAGCCAUUAUAAAUUUUCUGCAUUUUUCUCUGAAAGUGUCAAUUAAUCAGCAUAUAUCUUAGUUGACAUUAAUCAUUUGGUAGGCGGUCUAACAGAGAGCUUCUUUGAGAAGAUGGGAUUCAAUGAAAAAACGAUAAAUUAAAUAAAUUCUGUUGAAGACUUUUAUUUACCUAUUGAUUUACUGAUACCAAGUUUUAAAAAGCUAAUUGAUUCGAAUAUUUAGAGUGCCAUAACUGAAUUAAGGUUUGUUAAAGAGGCAUUCUUUAAUCGGGAUGAAUACGAUAGAAAGUAAAAAAGACAAUAAUCCAUGACUUCUACGAAUUGGUCACAGUUAGAAAAGCUUUACAUUUUUGAUGCAGAAUUAAUAAUUUAGUACUUUGAAAUUUAUGGUUAUUACUAUUAUAUAAUAGAAGUCAAAGAUUUAAAACAAUAGUUUAAUUCAAAAAAGUCUAUAGGGUAAUCAAGUAGGAAUAAAGCACUAGAAGGUUUAGAACACUUUUUUGAACUAUCUGAUUUAUCUGAAAAUGAAGCAGUUGCUAAUUCUCCAAAAGCCUUUAGAGCUGUUAAUUCAGUAAAACUAAAUGAUGAAAUGAUUCGUUCAGGCGAUGAAAUAGAAAUAAAUAAAAUAUAGAAUGCGUAACCGAUAUAAAUAUUAUAACCAGAUUACAUUUCAUUUCAAGAACCCAAUAUUUUAAGUCCGAAUGUUAGUAAUACUCCUUGGCAAGAUUCAUCGUAAAUCCCUUUGUAAUUUAACAAUUAAUAGUCAAUCCAUCAAUAGGAUUAUUUUAAUAAACAAAAAGACAUUUCUAUAUCUGUUAAUGAUUCUAAGAUAGUUAAUAAUUAAGAUGAAUUUGAUGAUGAUAAUAAUAGAAGAGCCAGUAGAAAAAAUGUAGAGUAGAACAUUUUGAAACGGAAAAAAAUAAUGUAAGGAGAAGAGGAGUCAUCAUCGAACAAUGUUCUCAAAGGUAUCAAGAAAUCACAAUUCUAUAAAAAAUACGAAAUGAUCCUCUAACUUGUAGAACCAAUAUAUCCUAAUACUUUAAAGUUGUUUAUACUCUUCUAAGAAUUAACCUACUUUAUCUCUCUAACUUAUUUUCUCAUUAUCCUGGUUGGAGUUUAAAAUGAUUUAAAUAGAUUUAUUGGUGAAAUUGAUAUGAUUCAAUUGCAUGCCGGUGUUAUGAAUCCACACGAUUUGUAUUUGCAAAUGAGAUAAACUAUAUUUACAUAUCAAGGAUUUUUAGGUUAAGGUAAACUCACAUAGGAGUAAUACAACUAGUUAUCCAAUCCAUUAUAUGAAAAUAUUGCAAUAGGAUAUUACGAAUUCAAAGAUGGGUUUAUCUAUUGGUUAAGCAAUGAUUAUCUCACUCCCUUUUUUAAAGACAAGAAUAUAACAGCAUAUUAUAUGCUUUAUGAUGCCACAAAAACAUACGGGAUAGUGUAAAACAUUAGAGAGGCAUUAAUGGCAACCUUGUCAUAUUACUAUUAAUUUAAAUUAAGAUUUGAAUCUCGACUAAGUCCUGCUAAUCAAACCUAUCAAAUCUAUUAAUUUGCUAAUGUUUAUAAUUUCCAUUUUUGGCUGGAGGAUUUGACCCUAGAAGUGUUAGCCUAUUCAAAAAAUAGGAGUGUUGAGACUAGUAAUAAAUGGAAUCUAAUUUGGAUUAUCUAUUUACUCAUAGGAGUCUGUCCUUUGUUAUCCAGCAUCUACUAUUAUAGAAUAUAUAGAUUAAAAUUUGAUAAAUACACAAAUCUAUUUAGAUAUUGCUCUUCGUAUAAAAUGGAUUUAGAAAUUGAAAAGUUAAAGUCAAUAAUUAAGAUUAUGAAUAAAAAUACAGAGUCACUUUAUAAUUAUUAAUUUUCUAUUGAUAAUAAAGAAGAUAAUAUAUUAAAAGAAAAGCAGAAAAGCGAUCAUGAUUAAUUGAAAGCGAAAGACAUCAAAGUGUAGCAAUAAUUAAAGAAUCUCUCCUUUUUCUCUGGGUUUUUCUUAAUCAUUUUUGGCUGGCUAGUAUUCUUAGCUUUGAGUAUAGUGGCCAACAUAUAAAUAGCUGAUUACUUAGAUAAAUACACUGCCACAGCUGAUACUUAUAAAUUGUUAUAAGACAUGACCCUAUACGCAGGAACACUAUUUAGGAAUAGAGAUUUUGGUCUUAAUUUUCCUAAUCUACCCUAUUUAAGAGACUUUGAUAGAGAGAAAUUUUAUGUAACUAUGUAUACGGGUUUGGACACUAUAAGUACAUUCUUAGAGUUCUCUUAUACUUUUGAUUCAACAAAGUAUCAAGUUUCUUAAGAUUUCUUGGAUUUUUUUCUUCAAAUUCAAUAAAAUGAUGUUUGUACAACAAUUGGUGAUGAUACGUUAGGAUUUCUAACACAAUAUUGUGAUAAAUCUUUACAAGGUUCUUUGAAUCAAGGGCUGACAUAGACAUUAAAAUUCAUCUAUUCCACUAUAACUGUGUAGAUGGAGAUGAAUAAUUUUACAAAAAGAAUCGAAUACAAUUGGUAUGAGAACGAAGGGGGAUUGAUCGUAAUGAGGGCUACACAAAUCAUGAGUAAAUAAUUUAAGGCAGGAAUGGUGAACGUUACCAAUCAAUAGAUCACCAUCUCAAAUAGUAUUUCAAUCAUAUAUAUGAUUUAUUCCAUCCUUUUAAUGCUGUACUUUGUAUUUUAUCUGUUACCAAAAUUGUAGAAAGAGUUGCUUCUAGUUCGACGAUUUAUUUUGUUAAUUCCAACAUCGGUGUUAUUCUUAGAUGAUCAAUUUGAUCGGCAUGUCAGGAUCAUCAUAGCUGGUCAAGAGUAUUGA